AUCACAUCACCUCACUUCACUUCACUUCAGCUCAAUAAUCUUGCAAUUCACCAUCUGUGAAUUUCCAGCCUUAUUUUGAGAUGUUCUCUUUUAGAGCUUCAAAAAACCUUAACUAAACCGUUGCUAUCUUGAUUCAGCUGGAUGUAAGAUAUUACCACUACAAUAAUAUCAAAUCAAAUCAAAUAUGUCCAGCAAAAUGGACAAUGCUGCACCUCCACCAUAUAGUUCCGAAAGUCUUCCAAGAUACUCUGAAAUAUCACCUCUAAUCCCAAGAUCUUGCCAGUACUCUGUAUCAAAUUCCCAAUACAGAAAGGACCAAGAGGAAAGCAUUGGCAAAAUUCUACUUUCCUACGUCUCUAGCGCAUUAAUUUUCGUCUUCUUCAUUAUUGGCUUUUAUCAUGUUAUCUUGAAGAGUGUACUUGGCGACAGAAAUGAUUCGGAGAUCCAAGUUGUGAAUUUUAAAGUUGGAAUUAUUGGUGCUGGGCCUGCGGGUAUUGCUGCUGCUCAAGGUGUUAGAGAUGGGGUUUCUGCUUUGGAUCGAAAAUUCAAGGAUCGAAAUGUGGAUAUUCAGGUUGAGAUUAUAAUUUUUGAGGAGAAGAGUAGAAUUGGUGGGAGGAUGGUGGUUGAGGGGACUGAUGGUAUGGAGAUUGAGGUGGAAGAUGUAGCUAGUGGGGUAUUUAAUACGGGUUUAUUCAAUAUUAUCGGUGGAAUGUCUGAUCUGGAGAGGAAAAACGAGUUGAUUUCUGAGAGCGAAGAUAUUGGAAUGGGGAAGGUUGGAUAGUAAGUUUUCUCUUCUUUCGUUUAUGUCGAAGUGGAAUACUUAUACUUCGAAUUCGUAGAACUGACAUUCACAGUUUCGAUACAAAUCAUAUCAUCACCGAAACAUAUCGACCUUAUGCCACUACUCCCUGGAGUCACUACCUUUCCCUCGUUUGGAAAUAUGGCUCUUCCGUUUGGCGUGCUCCUAAGAUUCCAGUCGGCACCAUGAAAUCCUUUAAUACUUUCCUCCGUAGUAUGAAUGACGAACGCAUUUCGAUAUCCUCGGUUAAGGAAAUAAUUUCCAAAAUGUCACAGCAGCAUACAUACCUAUCUUUCAGUGUUCCUGCGACCGAACGACUGGAAAAGAAUGGAAUUGGAAAUAACUACAUAAGAGAUGUAUUAGCACCUCAAGUUCGACGACAUACCGGACAAUCAAUUGAACAAAUAAGUGAUCUAGCACUUAGUAUGGCUCUUGAACGAGAAGAGAUGGGUUCUCAAAAAGCCGUGAAUAAUGGAAUCUUUCAAAUGAUGAUGGAGAAAUCUUUACAAAAUAGCAAAGCGACAAUACGCCUUGGAGCAAGGGUCAAAAAAGCUAGAUGGGAAGAAAUCACGGAAGAUUAUGAGGCAUGGUUAAUAGAAUUGGAAAACGCUACAAACAAAGAUGAACCUCCCACUAUCGAGAUUCUGGAUAAACUAAUCAUCGCCACGCCAUUGAACUACACGGAACUUUUAGGGGAAUCAAACGAUCAUGAUUCGAUCUCCAAUCUUGAUAUUAGUCAAGAUAUCGAAUACCAACCGGUGUACAUCACAUUCUUCACAACCUCUUCACUCCUUAAAUCUACUACUCCCCUACCCUCUCAACUCCUCCCAAUAAUCGACAAUACUCAACCCCCCACCUCACCCCACAACACCAUCAUCGAACUCACGCUCCUCCGACCCCUCAACCCUUCUUCAUCCCCUUCUAAUCAAACCCAAACCUCCCCUCCCCCAAAAUACCUCUACAAACUCCUCACUUCCACCCCCUUACCCCUCACUUUGUUAAUCACAACCCUCGCACUCCCGGAAAAUAUUAUAGAAAGAGAAUCUUGGAUUCAAUGGGAAAUUUCGCAUGCGUAUCCGCGUAUGUGGUCUUGGUCUCGGGGGAGUGGUGAUGGGGAGUUUCAGGUGGGAAAGCAGGUUUGGAGGGCGAAUUCAAAUGAGGCGGAGGGGUGUUGGGAGGUGGGUUUAUGGGGGUGGGAGGGAGGGGGGGUGGGGGAGGAGAGGAGGAUGAGGGGGGAAGGAGGAGAGGAAGGGAGGAGGAGAGGGGAUUAAAUGAAGAGGGAGCCAGUGUUGAGCAGGAAAUUGGUUUGAAUAAAUAGAAAUGGAAAUGGAAACAGGAUUGAGAUUGAGCUUGGGACUGGGAUUGAGAUCAGGCUGGCGUGGAGAUUAUUCAUUGAAUAUUAAUACCGAUGAAUUUUGAUAGUACUGAAUGAUAAUAAGAUU